AUGGGGACGGGUUCGAAAUUGGAAGGGACAUCGGCACCGGCAACAAGGCGAGACCCCUACGAGGUUUUGUGCGUUUCGAGGGAUUCAAAUGAUCAGGAAAUUAAAACCGCCUAUAGAAAGCUUGCUCUCAAGUAUCAUCCAGACAAGAAUGCUAGCAAUCCUGAAGCUUCAGAGCAUUUCAAGGAGGUUGCAUUUUCUUAUAGUAUCUUGUCUGACCCCGAGAAGAGGAGGCAGUAUGACAAUGCAGGGUUUGAGGCAAUUGAUGCUGAUGCCAUGGACAUGGAAAUUGACUUGUCAAAUCUGGGGACUGUCAAUACAAUGUUUGCCGCUUUAUUCAGCAAGUUGGGUGUGCCUAUCAAGACUACAAUUUCCGCUAAUGUACUUGAAGAAGCUCUUAGUGGUACAGUAACAGUCAGACCUCUCCCAAUUGGGACAUCAGUUAGUGGAAAGGUGGAGAAACAGUGUGCCCACUUUUUUGGUGUUACAAUCAAUGAGCAGCAAGCCGAGUCGGGGAUUGUAGUAAGAGUAACUUCAACUGCACAAAGCAAAUUUAAGUUACUUUAUUUUGAACAAGAUGCCAAUGGUGGUUAUGGUUUGGCCUUACAGGAAGAUAGUGAGAAGACAGGCAAAGCAACAUCUGCAGGGAUGUAUUUUCUGCAUUUUCAAGUAUAUAGAAUGGAUUCAACUUUGAAUGCGUUGGCCAUGGCAAAGGACCCUGAAGCUGCUUUUUUCAAGAGGUUGGAAGGUCUUCAACCUUGUGAGGUCUCAGAACUAAAAGCUGGCACUCAUAUAUUCGCUGUUUAUGGAGAUAAUUUUUUUAAGACUGCUACCUAUACAAUAGAGGCACUUUGUGUAAAAUCAUACGAGGAUACAACGCAGAAGCUUAAAGAGAUUGAGGGUCAGAUUUUACGAAAGAGAAAUGAGCUUCGCCAAUUUGAAACAGAGUACAGGAAGGCAUUGGCGCGCUUUCAAGAAGUGACCAACAGAUACACCCAGGAAAAGCAAUCUGUGGAUGAGCUGCUGAAACAGCGAGACAGUAUCCAUUCUACUUUCACUAUCACCAAGACAAACAAUAAUAGUGUGGGUGGUAGCGGUUUGAGUAAUGGUAGCAGUAGCAAAAAUCCUGGCGAAGAUUCAAAUACUGAGAGCCCAGGGGAAGAUGGAGGCUCUGACGGGAAGGACAAGUCAGGCAAAAAGAAAUGGUUCAAUCUUAACCUCAAAGGAUCAGAUAAAAAACUUGGCUGA